UUGAUUUUUGAUUGAUGAUACAACCGAAAAUGAAAGGAAAGCUCAACUUUUGUAUCAAUUUGCUGGAUAAUCUUCAGUUGAUUAUCGUUAUUUGAAGUAUUUAUUGAGAAUAAAUGGAUGGAAUAUUCGUAUGAUCAUAUCAACUUGGUUAUUUCAAUCUUCACGAUGUAAUUUUAAAACUAUUCUCCAAAAAUAAGCCCGAAUCGAGUGUUUCUAUUUCAUUCAACUAUUCCUUGACCUUCCACUAAAGAUGUCGAACGAAUCUAAAGAAUGUGAAUUACAGCAGUUGGUUUCAUCCGACGAAGAAACCAAUCAAUUGAACAACGAUAGUGUAACACCUCCAGCAUCCAACAUGAAACCACCUUCCUCAGAUAAUAUAAAGAUUACUCACGGUCAUCAUAAACACCCUAGUGAAGUUAGCUAUCGUAGUACAGGAAAAAUGUCAUCUGGUGACAACAGCAUCCCCGAAGAAUCUAUUAGCUCAAGAAUAUCUCGUAAUAUUACUACCGCACCGUCCAGCUCGAAUAUUUCAACUCAUGCUUUCAAUUUGUCCUCCGGAAGCCAUAGUGGAGGUACUCGAAUAUUAGAUCACAGACCUCCACGUCCACCUCAACCUAAUUUAUCCAAAUUGCAAAAUAAAAAAGUUUUGACAUUAGAUCGGUCCACUCAACAUCAUUGUUUUCUCUCAGAUGCCAUGGAUGUGAGGCAAAUGGAACAAGCUCUAUUACAACUUCUAGAUGAUUUCCAUUCUGGCAAAUUACGAGCUUUCGGAAAAAACUGCAGUAUGGAGCAAAUGACCGCUAUACAUCAACAGCAAGAACAUUUAGCUCGUUUACAUUUCGAACUCGGUGCUCAACAAGAACUUUUUGUACCUUUAAGCGAAGAAGGCCUGAGACAAGGUGUAGAUAAUAUGAAAUCGUUAAUGGAUAGUUUAGAACAAUUAUCAUUAUCUAUUGAAAAAUUACACGUUAUUAAUAGCAAAACGGAUUUAUAAAGGGCUCAAUGUUACCGUAAGAUGGAAGUGUUCUCCUGUAUAUUGUGAUUUUUCACUUACUUAGGUUUUUAUCGUAAUUCUUAGACAAAUUUGUUUCGUUUUGAAUUGGUUUUAAAGUGAGUUUAAAGGAUAACGAUGGUUGUAAUUGUAUUAUAAAAAUACCCUAACAUAAUUUUGUGAUAGUAUUCCCAUGUAUGCUUUUUUUUAUUAUUUAUUUUUAUAAUGGAAAUUUUAGUUUUGAAAAUAAACGUACUGGUUUUUAUUUAAAAUAA